AUGCGACUCCUCGUGCGCCCAUUGCUGCUGCUAAUUGGCAUCAUAGCGUCGCUUAACGAGGCCAAGAACCCAGCGGACUCGAUACUUUCGGCCGUUGUGAUAGUCAAGAAGUCGGAGGCUGUUUUCUACGCCUCUAGCUCUGCAGAGGAGGACUGGGGCGCGUCGCUAAAGGCCCAGAGGCUUCGCGACGGCGAAAGGCACGCUUUCUAUCCGCUCGUGUACAACGCAACGGGACUGGGCGACGGAUUUGGCUGCAGAUCCAAGAAAGAAUUGCUUCAUGUGAGUACCCGUGGCAACGUCUCUUCUUCCUCCAGUGUUUCAGGCUCCGUCAGUGCGGCGGCCCUGCUCGGACUACCCGAUGAUCCCUUCGUGCUGCUGGUGGAUCGAGGCGGCUGUACCUUUGCAGAAAAAGCGUUUUACGCGCAGGAACUAGGGGCUGCAGUUCUCAUCGUCACGGACACUCGGGAGCAACUCCACAACCGCUCCAACGAUGCUGGCGCUACUGAGGAGGAGAAACGAAUGGAAUACAGCUGCUCGCGUGGCUCCGGUAAAAUGGCAUCGAACGCCGAUAUCAAUGACUUUACUUCUGCAUCAUGGGCCGAGGACGCGGGUGUUCGUUCUUGCACGGGUAGCAGCAAGUGCUCGUCGCACAUGUGCACACCCACAGGUGGCGCGAACAAGCGGGUUUGUUGUGUUUGGGACAUCCCUGAUCUUAUGGGCUUCGGCACAUCGGACAUCGUCACAGGAAAGAAUAAAGUAAGUGACAUUGUUGUGGUGCGAAUCUCUAUCGCUGACGGUGACUCGUUAAAGGACAUGCUGACGUCUCGAAGAGAGGAUGAGAGCGGCCAAUUGUUGGUAUCGGUAUACGAGCGCGACCCGCCUCUCGCAGAUCCUUCUCAGGUCAUCCUUUGGGUUGUUGCUUGUGCUACAGUGCUUAUCGGGGCUUACAAGGGUGCAGCCUACGAACGCACAAAGGCGCAUCUUAAGGCAGCGCUUAUUGCUGCUGAUGCUACCUCUUCAGACGCUAUCGCCCAAGCUCGAGUGGCAUACGAGGAGCAUGACGAGCAGGUUCCAAAGCAGGAGCUUUUUGAUUUGAAUUCCUGGCAUGCGCUGACAUUCGUGAUGCUCGGUUCUGGGUUUCUGGUUUUUCUUUUUUUUGUAAAUGUGGUGAUUGUGGUGGUGGCUCUCUUUGGCAUUGGAGCCGUGUUCGCCACCUUCCAGGCAAUUUGGGAGCCGCUCAUGCGACGCGUUCCGGUACAAUAUUUGCACAAGCUACCAUGGCGUGAUGUUUUGUGGCAUUGGGACGGUAUUUUGGUCCCCGCGGCAUGGAGUAUCGGCGAUUUGCUGGCGCUGGCAUUGUCGCUUGGAAUCGCGCUCAUGUGGUUUUGUGCUCGCUUUCAUUCGUAUUCGUGGAUUUUCCAGGAUAUUUUUGGUCUUUGCUUUUGCCUUGUCUUUUUGCGAAUUGCUCGGCUACCCAACUUGAAGGUGGCCUCCGUGCUGCUUGUCCUGGUUUUUUUGUACGACGUCUUUAUGGUAUUCAUUUCACCGUAUAUUUUAAACGAGAGCGUCAUGACUAAGGUGGCCACUGGUGGAGCACAAAGCACCGCCACUGGUGGUGUAUCAAGCGGAUACUGCCUGCGCUACCCGACUGAUACAAAACAUAAUUGUCGUAUUGAAUCGAUGCCGAUUCUACUUCGAGUUCCCAAGUUGCUGGACUGGAGGGCAGGAUCUUCACUUUUAGGAUUGGGCGACAUCGUACUACCUGGUUUGCUGCUUGUGUUCUGCGCACGUUACGACUACGCCACCCGUGGUCAGCUAUUUGGGCGUUUAGUGCCUCCUCAUGGCAAGAUGUAUGACCAACGCUUGACAUGUACUACUUUGAACGGCUUACCAUCGACAACAAGUGGAGGUAACCCGAAUCUGGACGUCUUAGGAGCAGAGCUUGGCACUAAGGAGUAUUAUCCAUGCCGCCGCGGGCUAUUCUGCCUUCUAAUAUGGGGUUACACAAUUGGUUUGUUACUAGCAAAUAUCGGCGUCGUGGCCACAGGCAUUGAUCAACCAGCGUUGAUGUAUCUCGUGCCCUGUACACUGGGUGUAUUGGUAAUUGUGGGAUGGCGACGUGGAAUCUUAAGCAAACUGUGGUUUGGCCCGCCAGAACUCAUUCCUGGAUAUGCUCAUCUCGAGAUUACCACAAUUGGUGGGCUAGAUAUUUACGAUGCAACGCGACUGCGAGGACUGAGUAAUGAGCCUAGUAAAAAUGCACCUAGCGAGCUGUUUCUACUUGAGCAGCACCAAGUUGGCACGGACACGCCCCUAUCAGGUGGGUCGUAUGAAAUGAACAAAGACACUUGGGUGGGUCGCGACUCCCAGCAAUAUUGCGGCAAGCAUAAUCGAUAA